GGCCCCGGCGGCUGGGGGAACCGGCGCGUCCCCGCCCGCCCGGCCGUCAGCUGAGGGGCCGCCCGCCCGGGAGGCCGCCGCCGCCGCGCGAACAUGGCGGCCGAGAUCCACUCCAGGCCGCAGAGCAGCCGCCCGGUGCUGCUGAGCAAGAUCGAGGGGCACCAGGACGCCGUCACCGCCGCGCUGCUCAUUCCCAAGGAGGACGGCGUGAUCACAGCCGGCGAGGACAGAACCAUCCGAGUCUGGCUGAAAAGAGACAGCGGUCAGUACUGGCCCAGCAUCUACCACACCAUGGCCUCUCCUUGCUCUGCCAUGGCUUACCAUCAUGACAGCAGACGGAUAUUUGUGGGCCAGGAUAAUGGCGCCGUAAUGGAAUUUCACGUAUCUGAAGAUUUUAAUAAAAUGAACUUUAUCAAGACCUACCCAGCUCAUCAGAACCGGGUGUCUGCAAUUAUCUUCAGCUUGGCGGCCGAGUGGGUGAUCAGCACCGGCCACGACAAGUGUGUCAGCUGGAUGUGCACCCGCAGCGGGAACAUGCUGGGGCGGCACUUCUUCACCUCCUGGGCUUCGUGUCUGCAAUAUGACUUUGAUACUCAGUAUGCUUUUGUUGGUGAUUAUUCUGGACAGAUCACCCUGCUGAAGCUGGAACAGAACACGUGUUCGGUCAUUACCACCCUCAAAGGACAUGAAGGUAGUAUCGCCUGCCUCUGGUGGGACCCUAUUCAACGGUUACUCUUCUCAGGAGCAUCUGACAACAGCAUCAUCAUGUGGGACAUCGGAGGAAGGAAAGGCCGGACACUCUUACUUCAGGGCCAUCAUGACAGGGUGCAGUCUCUGUGUUACCUCCAGCUCACACGCCAGCUCGUCUCCUGCUCCUCGGAUGGUGGAAUCGCAGUGUGGAACAUGGACGUUAGCAGGGAAGAGGCUCCUCAGUGGCUAGAAAGUGAUUCUUGUCAGAAAUGUGAGCAGCCCUUUUUCUGGAACAUAAAGCAGAUGUGGGACACAAAGACGCUGGGGCUAAGGCAGCAUCACUGCAGGAAGUGCGGCCAGGCUGUCUGCGGGAAGUGCAGCAGCAAGCGCUCGAGUUACCCAGUGAUGGGCUUCGAGUUCCAAGUCCGGGUGUGUGAUUCCUGCUAUGACUCCAUCAAAGACGAAGAUCGGACUUCUCUAGCAACCUUUCAUGAAGGAAAACAUAACAUUUCCCACAUGUCCAUGGACGUUGCCAGGGGACUGAUGGUGACCUGUGGGACCGAUCGUGUUGUAAAGAUAUGGGACAUGACGCCUGUGGUGGGCUGCAGCCUGGCGACCGGGUUUUCUCCGCACUGAUCCGGGAGCCGGGCGAUGUCCGCACCUACGAACAGCAACUCCACCAAAUGAAGCCCUUCCCACGUAGCUCCGCGGUCACUGUCUCGUACAUGGACGGACAGUAGCCACUUCCAAACAAAUCACAUUUUUAUAAAGAAAAAAAUAGUAAAAGUGUGUCUUGGGGCAUUUGUGGAACUUACCUGUGGGGACUCAUGUGGAAAAGGUCUAUCCGUAGUGGCUCCCCGAGGAAUGGAAUUACUGCAACGAAACUUCCUCAUGAACUCGUGUGUAAUGUGAGCUGGUGUGUAAGGAAAGAAUAAUCUAGUAAGCGAGAGCUCUAGAGGGGAAAAAGUUGAACAGAAACGUUAACGCUUAGAACUUUAUUAAAGCAGUCCCAAGUGCAGACACACUUCACUCGGACCAGGGGCCUCCCAGAGCUCCUGGGGCUCUGCCGUGGAGCAGGAGUUGGGGGGAAGGGGGGCUUGUUCUCCCUUUCUUGAGGGGCGGCAGUGGGAACUUGAGCAACCAGACAUCGCUCCUCGUGUGCUGGCAGUUUGUGAAUAUCCUCCACACCUGGCUACUGGUAACCUCCUUAAAGAUACCUGUUCUUUUCCGGUAGUGCCAUAAUCUGCACUUAGCAUUCGGCUCACUUCAGUUGUCUCCCUCCCCACCCAGCGUGCCGCGGGGGAACCUUUGCAGCAGCUUUUAAGUAAGUUGUGAACUUUCUGUAAUAACCAAGGCAGUCCGCAUUCUUCCUUUUCUCCCAAACAUGCUCUGGGGACACAAUGUUUUUAUGGUGCUGUUAACAUGGAAGUCACGCAAGCCGCCUGACUUUUUCUCACUGCAGUUAGUAAGCGACUAAUGGAAAACCCAGCGAGCAGCCUGGUUGUGAUGGGGGUGAUCAGUCUGUUCCCUGGGGCAGUCCCGCCCUCCUCACUGACGCAUUCUGUCUGUAGUUCCAAGAGGAGCCUCUGCCAUGCUGUGGCAGUUAAUAUCCUCCUCAGAAAAGUACUCCAUAGCUUUUUGACUGUAUUGACUUUCAGUUGUAGCUAGUGUUAUUCAUAUUUCAGAGAAGGAAGUUGGUGACCCAGAGCUGUAAGAGUCAGGUCUUGUGCUGUCAUUUUCACCUUGCAAAUUGCUUUCAUAACAACUAUCAAAAGUUGUUGUUCGUAAUGGCAUUUCUAAGGCUUUUCGACACUAGGAUGAGAAAGAGAUAGGGAAUGGGGGCCGAUCCUUUCAUAUUCCAGUAUUUAUGUGUGUUUUUUUUUAAUGAUAGUACAUGUAUCUGUUACUUUAGGGCUAAGGAAUUGAGUGGAGAAGGGCCAACUUUUUUAAAGAACAAAUAUUAAAAUAGCAACAGUAUCUUUGUUAGUCUUACUAAUGGAUAUUGAUUUUAAAAUCUCAGUACUGCACCCCUCCCUGUUUUGGGAUCAUGUUGAGACAACAUAGUCAUUCUGUAUGAUCAAACGAAGGGACUGAGUCUGUUUUAUAACAACAUCUUAGAGGGACUAAGAAGUUUAAGACAAGCAAUUAAAAUAAGAUGUCUUAAUAGCUGUGUGACACAGAUAGUAAGGAAAGGAAAGCAGGUCAGGCACAUCGUGUUCUGGAAUGAUCUGCGUGAAAAGUUGACUUAUCUUCAGAAAUAAGACUGAAAUGUUUUGUUGCUCUUCAUAAUUUUUGUGUUACGUCACCUGAAAAAGGUAAACUUUCUUAGAUGCUAUUAUAUUGCUAACUCAUAGUAUGGUAAAAUUAAGUGGUGGCAACUUUUCAACCGCAAUGUUAAAUGUAAGCUUCCUGUAUUCACUUUGGUUCAGUUAAUGGUUCAGCCCAUACAAUGGUGCUAUCCUGAGGGUUUUAUUAAGUCCUGAAAGGAAACUAGAGCAUGAGUGAUUCCUUGCCCUGUGGAGAAGUGCUGAACUGUGGUUUUGUUUUCUUCUAACUUCUGUAAAAUGUGACUUUUUAACAUCUGUGGUAGAUUGAACAGAGUAUCACAGCUGCUCAGAAUACUCCAUAGCUUUCACACUUUUUUAUUUUAAGAAAUUCUUAAUGGAAAACCCUAUGUUCCAUAGACAACAUAAAGUUGUUAUAGUGCCUCCUAAGGGGUUAAGUUAAUAUAAACCAAGGAGGAAAUUUAUAUUUAAGGAAGAAUUGGAGUGAGGUAUCUUAGGAAAGGAAAGGAGACUGUUUCAAGAUAGCUUGCUCUUCACCCUGGCCUGUGAUCAUUUUUCUGUUUAAAGACACACAUGCCAGGCUUGUCUUGUCUGUCAUGAUGUAAGUAGCAAAUGGGGUAAUAUUUUUUUAUAGAGGUGGGCAAAAAUUAUUUUCUGAAUUUUCCUGACUAGACACACAAGGUACAGAUAGGCUUAUAGUUAUUGCCUUAUUUUGACUGCAUUUCUCUUUAAUGGGUCAUGUAAAUUAGUUCUUUAAGUAACAGUUUACUGGUCUUUCCAUUGCUGAAUACGCAAGCUAAUUUGUACAUACAGGGGUUAGGAGUAUGAAAUAUUAGAGAAGAUCCUUAUAUUUAGAUCUAGUAUUAUGUGAUAAUGAAAUGGCAAUUCUUCAUUUUAAACAUGUUUUUAAAUUGCUCUUUAUUAGUCCGAGUGAUAGCAAUAGCCCUAUAGCAAUAGUGGAAACAAAUUAUUCAUUACAUUGUCAAUCUCUGUUUACUAUGUCCUAGCUGGGUCCUGCUACCUAGAGAAUAUAAACAAAAAGUAUUGCUCUAGAAUAUAUCACUUUGUUGUCCUACCAAAUAAUUCAAUUUGUUAGUAUCUACAUUUUUAAGCUGUUGAAACUGACUCAAAUAUGUAAUAAAUACCAUAGUAGCUCUGACCCAAGGAGUUAUUUUUCUAAAAUCAGUUUUCAUUACAGUACUUUCUACUUCUGUUACUGGAUCUGGUAUCUCCUAAAAUGUAAGAAACCAGUUACUAUAAUGAUAAACCAUCUGCUCAUUAUAAAUGUGAGGCUUAACAAAUAAGUAAUACAUGCUAUAUUUAUUCAAGUGUCUAUUGCUUAAUUGUUAAUUGUGAGCAGAUUAUUGAAUGCCUACUCUAUUUUCUGCAGUUUACAAUACAAUAACUCUUUGAGUAUGAAGUUUGACUGUGCAAAAAAUUUGUAUUAGAGUACAAUUUAAAGUGUUUUUCUCUAUAGCCUUUUUUGACUGGGGAAGCAAAAGGUAAUGUUAAUUAGUACAUUUUGUUCUUGUACUAGCUAUGUUUCUAUAAGAUACAGUACCAUGUGUAUCCCAGACAUGCUAGAAAACUUUGUUCUUUGCUCCUAUUUGUGGGUUCUGUUUUGUGGGUUUUUUUUUUUUGAGAAUACGCGUACAAUAAAAUACUCCCUGCUUGUUA